UGAUGAGCUCUGUUUUCAGUUUAUUUUCAAGUGCUUGCUGUGUGACAAGCAGCGGCAAAAUCUUGCUCCAAUGCCUGGUGGCUUGAUUAGUCGUUAGCCUCAAAAUUUGGCAUUAAAAACAUAGAAAAAAUCUCAUAAUUUUUAAUUGCAAUCAAUUACAACAAUUCUUUAAAGUAAAAUUACUUCAUUUAUACCUGUUUAGGGUUUUCAAAAACAAUUCAACAUUGUUCGUGAUUACAUAAAAAAGUUUAUCUCCAUGAUGAAUUGAAGUGGGUGAAUAUAGUAGUUUUCCAUUUCAUCUAAAUAACAGAGGAGGCAACAUAGGCGGAAGAAGGCACCCUAGAGUCUUUCAUUUUGGAAAGAGAAUUCAGUUUGUCACCAGGAAAAUUAAACCAGGAUUGUCUCUGAGCACCAAACUCGACUUCGUUCCCACAACAUAUCAUCGCCAAAAUCUGUUACAUAUUUCAUGAAAAACCGUGAGCCGGUAGUUAAAAUUGAGGGCCAAAGACUAUUGCAACUCUGCCAAAGCCUGACAUCAAGCGAAAAUCCCUCUAAUUCUGAACUACAGAAACGAUGAGAUCAGUUUCAACCGCAGAGCGGAAGAAAUCAUACGCUCAUUAAUCAUGACCCACUGAUUUUUAAGCCGUGACAACGACUGGAUAAUCUGGUUUUCUUUGGUCCACACUGCCAUUCGGUCAUCAGGAAAAAUGAAGGAAAACACAGAGAACGGAUAUCAAAAUGCCACAGAACUCGAUAAAAUGCUGCCGAAUGACAAGGACCCACCUGAUGCCACCCAGACGAAGAGCACAUUCGAACUGACAGAGGACACAACUUGUGGGUAUUGGUGUUUUAGGGGUCCAUUUCUGCAGAAGUUUGCAAAUAAAACAGCUUAUGUUAUUUUGUACGGGAUGCUGGGGACUGUCUAUUCUGCCACUUUUGCCUACUUUUCCGGGAGUAUUACCACCAUGGAGAAACGAUUCAGCAUACCCAGUAGAAACAUAGGUAUCAUAACUGUGGGCAAUGACAUAGUUGAAGUUUUGUUGGGCGGCGUUCUUGGUUACUAUGCAGGCAAAGGGCACAGGCCACGUUUCAUAGCCCUCGGUACCUACACCGUUGUCAUUUUCUGUUAUAUGAAUGCGCUCCCAUACUUUAUUUAUGGUGCUGGAGAGAAGGCAGAAGCUCUGACGGUAGAAUUCGGGUCUAGUCAAAAUCCAAACUACACUAGAAUCCUCGUAGAGAACGAGGCUAGUUCUGUGACCUGUCAAAGUGGGAAGGGAUCGUGCAGGGAGGCGGACGGCACAAUUUGGCCGCAAAUUAUUCUCUUCUGUGCACAACUCAUCGCAGGAAUAGGUGGAUCAUUAUUUGGAACCCUCGGCUUCACAUACAUGGAUGAUAACACGAAAAAGUCUACUACGCCCUUGGUGUUAAGUGUUUCAUAUUUCUUGAGGACGCUCGGACCGGCAUUGGGCUAUGGAAUUUCAUCAUUAACGAUGAAGAUGUACAUAAACCCGUCACUUACCCCGACAAUAGGUCAAACGGAUCCCAGAUGGCUUGGAGCGUGGUGGAUUGGAUGGCUAAUAUUAGGGACGUUGCUCGCUAUUAUGGGUUCCUUAGUAUCCCUCUUUCCAAAAGUGCUACCAAAAUCGGCUCAAAGGAAACAGGCUGCACUUGCGAAGAAUCCAAAUCCUGAGAAAUCGCCAGAGGAGGAGAAAGCAUCAUUCAGAGACAUGCUCAAAACUUUUAGGCGAAUAUCGAGGACACCUAUUCUUAUAUGCAACUACUUAGCGAAUAUUUGUUUCUUUUUUGGAUAUUCGCCGUUUUAUUACUUCCUGCCUAAAUACAUGGAAAACAUUUACAACGUUUCAGCAUCAAAUGCGACUCUUGUAACUGGUGUGUUUGGAUUGGGAUUCUCCGCCAUGGGGUUGCUUGUGAGCGGAAUUGUGAUAACAAAAUUUAAGCCCAAGGCAAGGUAUCUAGCAGGAUGGAACGUUUUUUCUGCGACUUUCAUUGCUUGUGGACUUUUCUCCUUUUCCCUCUUGGGAUGUCCCUCAAAUGAAAUUAAAGAAACCGACAUAACUACAAGUGGAGACUUAGAUGUCUACCAUCCGUGCAAUCAGAACUGUCACUGUGAGUUCGUGAAGUUCUCGCCGGUCUGCCACCAACCUACUAACACCACAUUCAUUUCUCCUUGUCUGGCAGGCUGCACAGGUUUUGACUACAAGGACGGCAUGGUUAAGUCGUACAGCAACUGCUCAUGCAUACCAAGUGCGAAUGAAACAAUGUCGCUGAACUGGAGUUCAGGGAAUAGUAGUUCAGAUGACUCCCAAUCUCUGCCGUGGAGUUCGGUCGUGUUUGGGAAGUGUCCUGUUGACUGCAGUAAGCAGUUCUUCAUGUUCCUGGCCAUCACCUGCCUCAACAAAUUUGUCGGUGCCACCUCUAGGGCUUCAAAUUUCCUUAUAUCCGUCAGGAGUGUGAGGGAGCAAGAUAAAUCCGUUGCGAUUGGGUUCGGAAUGACAUUGUACAGUUUAUUUGCCUUCAUUCCAUCCCCAAUCAUGUUCGGAGCUUUAGUGGAUAAAACAUGUUUAGUUUGGGGCAAAACUUGCGGGAGGAAAGGAAAUUGCUGGCUUUACAAUAACAGGCAGCUGAAGAAUAUCAUCGUAUACACAGCAACAGCACUGGUAUCGAUUGGUCUACUGUUUGAUCUCGGUGUAUGGUUCUAUUCAAAAGAACUGAAAAUAUUUGACGAGGAACCUGAAAAAGAACCAGAGAAGAAGGAAAAAAGAUCGAGUAUCAUCAAAAAAUAAACCACUCUACGCUUCACUAUAACAUUAAUUCUCGGUGACCAAACUGUAAAAAAUACUUUUGUACCUUUUAAAUACAUUAUUGUGAUAAUAUCAAUAAGGAUUGAAAAA